GGAGGACGCGCAUCCGCCCGCAGCAGCUUCCACUCGUCGCCGUCGUUGACGACGCCAUCACACGCCCCUCCCCUUCUCCUCCCAAUACAACUCCCCUCGUCGACGGGUGAAUCACGCAGCCCUGACAGCGGAGUCUACCAGACAGACAAGACAGCGCCCCGCGGACGAGGACGACACGAUCAGUGCGGACAAUCCACAGAUACACCUUGCGCGCCAACGUGAUCGCUGCACUCGGUCCCGUAGCUCAGGCAAGGAGGAAAUCUUCCAAACUCGUGCUGUAAAGCCCAAAUGGCACCCACGCUGGGAUACUGGGACCUGCGGGGUCUGGGGCAGCCCAUCCGCAACCUGCUGAUUUACAAAGGGGUCGACUUCGAGGACAAACGCUACAAGUUCGGCCAGGCGCCCGAAUACAACCGCGAUGAUUGGCUCAAGGAGAAGUUCACGCUGGGUGUCAUGUUCCCCAACCUGCCGUACUACAUCGACGAUGAGGUCAAGAUCAGCCAGAGCUUGGCCAUCAUGCGCUACUUGGCCCGGAAGCACGACCUCGGCGCUAGAGACGAGGAGGAGACGACCAAGCUGGACGUGAUGGAGCAGCAGGCGAGGGACCUUGCCUGGUGGCUCGUCAUGGUCUGCUACUCGCCGAAUUUCGAGGAGCAGCGCUCCAAGUACGAGGAGACCAUGCUGGGACAGCUGCGACUCUGGGACGACCACCUGCAGGGCAAGCUGUGGGUGCUCGGCGACCGGCUCAGCUACGUCGACUUCAUGCUCUACGAGGCGCUCGACUGGAACCACGAAUUCAAGCCCGAGGCGUUCCAGGGAUUCCCCGUCGUGGUGGCGUACAUGCGGCGCUUCGAGGAGCUGCCCAACCUGAAGGAGUACUUCGCCUCGGACAAGUACAGCAAGUGGCCCCUCAUGGGACCGCAGGGCAAGUGGGGACACGUCAAGGAGUAGGAGAUGCCGAGGAAUGAUGUCCUCUGCGCACUCUAAACACGGUGUUUUUUUUUAUUAUUAAAGGAGCACAUUUUCACAUUUCUAUAGGUAACAGACCCGCGCUCUUCGCAGCUGAACAUAAUUGUAAUACUAUGCCGUAAGUAACUGGUAGUUUGACCUAAAUAAUUCGAAUGUAUAGAGACUAAAGUACUAUGAGCCCGAGAGGUUACAUUAGACGGAGAAAAAUUUGCAGGAGCCGACAAUAUAUUACUACUGAGCCUCCAGAUUUCACAUUUCAGUGCACGUGUAACAUGAUGGCAAUCGCUGCAAUUAGGUGUAUAUUAACCUUUUAAAAUUUUAAUGGCAUUGGUUGUACGUUUACACCUGACGAAGAAGUUGACCAAACUACCCAAGCCUUCGCGGCCCUUUCGGUCAAAGAGCGCCACUGGCCUAUAAAAAUAUGAAAAUGUUACCACGUCUAGAGUGCAAUGUGAAAUUUCAGGCCCCUGAUCCCGAGGAUUAUCUCUGGUCCCAAACUUUCGCUAACGCUUCGGGUCUUCGAGACGGCACACCCGAGAGCCAAAGAUAGAACGUUUGAAUUGACAGAUUCGUAUCAGGAACGCUAGUUGACCGAUAGUGACCGAUAGUUGGUUAUGCGAUGCUGCGAAGGUGUGGAGUUCCGAUGAAGAGAGACGCAUCGCUAUGUGUAUUCACUUGCAACCACUACAGUGGGAAAAUAUGUGGCCUUGACGGUAACGCGCGCAGAGGUAAGAAAUGGUAAUCCUGAUGUGCGUAUAAUACGGGUGCGAGCUAUAGAUGCAAACGCCGAGUUUUGGGGUGACCUCAGGUUGCACGGGAACCGACUUUGAUUAGCCUAGAGAAAUCAUGACGCAUUCACUAGGGUUCUUCAUAUAUUUUACUUAGUUGGAUGUGUUACAUGUAGCGCGUAUUAUUCGCAAUAAAGAAAUUGAUAUUGUUCCUGUUA